AUGUCCGGCAUCGUCAACAAACCUCUUGCCAUGUUUCGCAGGCCCGAUUCCCCAAGACCACUUCAUGCUAGAUGGGGUGACGUGGCCAUAUCUGUUCCUACAGAGGGAUCGUGGAACCAAUACAACAAUCCUCAUCGUCCAGCACAAGAAGAAAGGCAGACGUAUGGUCCGGGCUUUGUCCCGCAGGAUCGUCCUUCCAGCAGGACUGAUACUUCCUAUAAGAAGCACGAUCAUCUGGAGAAUGGCAUAGGCAGACCGCCUCGCUCAUCAACGCAUAUUCCCCGCCGCAACUCCCUUUCGAUAGGAACUUUACGUACGGGUCGUCUCUCUGUGCGUCUGGCAUCUCGCCCCAAGCACCUUCGAGGUGAAUCUCAACCUGAGCGAGAUACCCUCCAACAAGAGGCCCAGCGGACUGAUUUCGCCUACAAACCAAUUCACCAGGACUACCUUGUCAAGGCGACCGAGAAAUCGAAGCCGGCCGACACCACUCCGUUCAAGUACAUCCCUACAAAUGGACGUUAUUUGGAGGAGAUCCCCGCUGCUGCCCCCCCUCGCAGUCAGUCUGCGAUGUCCCAACGCAGCUCUUACAGCCGGCGAGACUCGCUCGGUGAGUCGCUGGACGAACGACUUUCCCGACGUGGUUCGCACCAGGAAGAUGAUCGUCGCAGUCUUCACUCAAGUCUUGGUGAUAGUUCGGAUAGUUCAAGCUCGAGGCGCAACUAUGAUCUGCCGAGACGAGCUACUUCUCCCUUUGUUCCAGCUGAUCGGAGAAGGGGCUCGUUGAUGAGGCCUAUGACUAUGGCGAUGGUUCCUGAUCCCGAGGAUCUUUAUGAAUGA